AUGGCUCAAUAUAUCGGGAAGACCAUUUCGUUGGUUUCUGUGACGGAUAACCGUUAUGUCGGGCUGUUGGAAAGCAUAGAUUCCGAAAAGGGUGUCGUCACUCUGAACAAAGUCCGGUGUUUUGGCACCGAAGGACGUAAGCAAUGGGGUCCUCAAGAGAUAUAUCCGAAUCCCACGGUGUACGAAACUGUGACGUUCAAUGGUAAUGACGUGAAAGAUCUAAGCAUUUUGGAUGUUGGGCUGGACGAGGUAAAACCUACCUUGCCUCCACCGCAGUUAGCUGCACAACAACAGGGCCAGCAAGUUCCACCUGCGAUGGCAGGAUACGGAGUCUACGCACCAACUGGUGCAAGCCCCACGGUUGCUCAGGGAAUGGCGCCAGAAUCAGCUGCUAUUCCAGCACAGUCGAGAGGGCCUACACAGGCUCAAGCUCGCCAGCACGAGCAAACCGUCCAGCAGCCAUCAGGUACAGAAAAGUCAGAUGCUCGCGUUAGAGACGCGAUACAAGGGGGUAAAGAAAAAGCGAGUCGGAAACCAGACGCCAGGCGUUCGGGACAUAAAAUGGACAUCCCCAGAGAAGAUUUUGAUUUCGAGUCUAACAACAAGAUCUUCGAGAAAAGCGACGAUCAGGGACCACAAGCUCCGGUCGCGAUUAAGAAUCCUGCCGACGACGAUAUGUUCUACAACAAAAAGUCUUCGUUCUUCGACACCAUUUCUACUUCUACUGAGACCAACACCAACAUGAGAUGGCAAGAAGAGAAGCAGUUGAACCUGGACACGUUCGGUCAGGCCAGCAUCGGCAACAGACGCGGUCGCGGAGCUUACCGGGGUCGUGGUCGUGGCUACGGUCGUGGUGGUCGUGGAGGUGCCGGAGGUCGUGGAGGGUUUAGAAGGCCCGACUUCAACAAUCAGUCAAAUACCGGAGACGCUUCCUUUAAGCAAGACCGAGUGGAAUUCUAA